GCUCACAUUUCUCCGUCUCGUAGCCUUACCUUCAUUGUUCAACGGUGUGACACCAACCCCUGAGCGACACCCACAUUGUCCCGGCUGCAUUGUCACAUGGACCGCAGAAUACAGCACAGACUCAUUGUGACUCGUGGAUGUGGUACCCUGCAGCCUCCCGUGAUGGGCCAAGAACAUCAAAGGAACCUCGGAUCCACGCGUCCCGCUGGACACGUCGACGGCCGCCCAUUUACCCUCCCACAUCAUCGGCGCCCACGCAAUCCGCUCAGACCGCCCGCAGAAGAACACCAGUUAACGAUGAGACGAUAACUGCUUUAUUGAUUGCGACUGUCAACGGCAUCUAGAAUGAUGCUAUGCCGACCUGCGAUUUGGUGCUGUACCGGUAGUGACGCGUUUGAGCUGGGCUGCGCGUUGUUUUCAGCCCCCAAACACUAAGAACUCCGCUCCGCCACCGCCCAA